GAACUUAAUUUCAAAUGGAGGUACUCAAGAUUUGUAUAUACUGCUGCUAACGCUCCAUGCGAAAGUAAGUGGAAGUGGAAAAAGCUCGGAGGAGGUUCUGUUUUAUCGAUGCUUACCGCUUCUCAACUCGAGCUUGCAAGUUCGUUCGGCUUUUUGGAAACUCGUCGCGAGCCGAGGAUUUUCUCAACUGGCGCGUUUGCGAACCUGAACGAGCAUGGAUCACAUGUUGCCCAGCCCGGGGUUCAGCAUCCCCAGCAUAGGCACGCCUUUGCACCAGCCGGAGGAGGACCAGCAGAUCCUGCCGACUGCACAGGCUCAGCAGCAGCAGAGUUCGCAGCAGGCUCCGCUCCAGAUGCCUCCACUCUUGCCAAUACAGUCCAACCUUACCUCUGCACACAAGUCGAUGAGCAACUAUGGGUUCACCACUCCGCAGAGCCUUAUGCAGCCGCAAACCCCUCAAACAUUGAUGUCCCCUAUGAUACACAAUUUGGACCAACCACCUAGCAUUAUCAAUCCAACGACCCCCGGACCGAUGACGCCUAUGACACCAACUUCAUCGGAGCCAGGGAUCACCCCUCAAUUACAGAAUAUAGUCUCAACUGUCAACCUUGGCUGCAAGCUCGACCUGAAGAAGAUCGCUUUGCACGCGAGAAACGCAGAGUACAAUCCAAAACGUUUUGCGGCAGUAAUUAUAAGAAUUCGAGAGCCGAGGACGACAGCUUUGAUUUUCAGCUCGGGCAAAAUGGUCUGCACGGGUGCAAAGAGUGAGGACGAUUCGAGACUAGCAGCGAGAAAAUAUGCCAGGAUUAUCCAAAAACUUGGAUUUCAGGCUAAAUUCCUUGAUUUUAAAGUACAGAAUAUGGUCGGAAGUUGCGAUGUUAAAUUCCCAAUUAGAUUAGAAGGUCUUGUUUUAACGCACGGGCAGUUCAGCAGUUACGAACCGGAAUUGUUUCCCGGAUUGAUUUACAGGAUGGUAAAGCCGAGGAUAGUUUUGUUAAUAUUCGUUUCAGGAAAAGUGGUACUAACAGGAGCAAAGGUCUGCCGAGAGAUCUAUGAGGCAUUUGAUAACAUUUACCCCAUACUGAAAAGUUUCAAGAAACAAUAGUUUAAAAAAAUUCUUUUGUUUUGUUUUUGAAAAAAGUUAUAAAAACAAUUGUAAGUCUAUUCUUGUUAGUUCAAGACUGCUGUAUAUAUUUUUUAAUCAUUGUACUUAUACAUAUUUAUAUUUUUGUCUAAUAAAGAAAAUUGUAUAUAUGUU